AUGCCACCAUCCUCACCUCAAAUCAUAGCAUUCACUUCUCAGCUCACCAGGGCAUGUCGAUCCCUGGUCAAAAUUCAACCAACCGUCAUUGUUCGGAAAGCCUCAUGGCUACCUAGUCAGCUUUCGGAGAGACAAAGUCAUCUCAAACCCUUUCAUCGAUCGACCUCCACAUCUUCAACAGCUUACCCUUCUGGCUCAGUCAAAAACCCGACUAAAGUGAUUCCUUCAACUUCUAUCUCACUCUCAAAGUUUCAACGAAAAGAUAACCUAUCCGGUUCGAAUUCGAUUCCUUUCGCUCACCGAACGCUGCCCGCAUUACCAGAUCGAAGACCACUGUAUAUUUUAACAUUUUUGGCUAUCUCUGGAGUUUGGGUAACAUUUGUUUACUUUUCAACAAAUGCUGAAAAAGCCAAUUCGUCAGUAGUCAAAGCUGUUUUGUUCGAAUUACGUACAAAUCCUAUGAGUAAAGAAGCACUUGGUACAUCAAUUCGACCUGAGAAAGAUGAUUUAUUUGGUCAACUAUGGGUAGAUGGACAGAUUAAUUUGAUGCAAGGUGCAGUAGAUGUCGCUUUUAGAGUGACUGGCUCAUCAGACUCGGGGAAAGUGUACUUUACCUCAGUCAGACGUGAGCGAGAUUCGGAGUUUGAAAUCAGUUGA